CAAGCAGCCUGGGCCCCCCCCCUCCGCGCCGACGGCAAGAUUCGGAUCCACCUCCCACUGGACAUGAAUACAAAUCCUGCCCGCACCCUCUGGACCGGCCGCGGGCGCUGCGCAGCCUUCCUCCGCCGGCGCUCCGAGGGGCUCUCUCCGCCGUCCGGGGCGGGAUGCCGCGGCGGUGCGCGAGGCUGGCGCUGGCCUGGGCUUGCCUCCGCACCGAGGCGCGGGGGGAGGCGACGCCGCCGCCGGGGCCAGCGGCCGCCGCCUGCGUCGGCUCCUUCCCCGCGGACUGCAGCGCGGCGCGCUGCUGCGCGGACCCCGGCGAGCGGUGCUUCCGGAAGCACGAGUGGUACGCCUCGUGCUUGGCGCAGUGCAGCCCGGGCCCGAGUCAGGCGGGCAACCCGGACGCCGACGACUGGGACUGAGCUCGUCGCCGAACAGGCCGAGGACCCUGCCCUGCCGCCGGCGGCGGCCGCGGCCACGACGGCGGCGCCGCCGCGCGAGGCGGCGCUGGGCACGACGGGCGCGCCGCAGGGCGGCGGCGGCCUGACCGGGGACGAGGUGCUGGCGCACGCGCCCGAGUUCUCGGCGCUGGCGCAGGGCGGCCCCGGGAACGAGACGGAGGGGCAGCCCGGGCAGAGGCCCCGGAGCCCGCGCAGCGCCGGCCACCGCCGGAGACGACAGAGCACCACCGAGUCCCCUGCGGCGGAGUGCCCGCCGUGCACGAGGAGCGAGCGCGACGUGCCCGACGUGGUCAUCCCGUUCUACGAGCGAGACCUGUGCAAGGUCGGGUACACGGUAGAGUCGAUCGCCGUACACGAUCGCCACGGCACCCUGGGCACCGUGAUCCUUAUGUGGGUGUCUGCGCAGCCGAUCGCCGCGUUCCAGGAGCAGGUCGACAAGAUCCAGGCGUCCUUGUCCGGCUCCCACAAGGUCAAGGUCUUGGACUUCUCCCCGCAGGUGACCGCGGAAGGCGCAGGCGGAUGGUUCGCCCAGCAGGUCUUCAAGCUGAAGGUGGCGUCGCUGGUGAGCUCGGACUUCUACGUCGUCCUAGACAGCAAGAACACACUGAUUCGAGACAUUGAGCCCGAGCUGUUCUUCACGACUUGCAAUCAGGGCAAGAUCUUCGGGGAGUUCGAGCCCAACGACAUUCCCGAGCCGCACUCGGGUUGGUACGAGGCGUCUGCCCGCGUGCUGAGCUUGCCAGCCCCGGUGGAAGCUGGAGGCAAGUGGCCCACCUCCAUCACGCCGAUGCUCAUGCACACCCAGACGGUGCUGGAGAUGUUGGCCUCCAUCGGCGAGGGCCCCAGCGUGGACGCGCUGUGCGCGGGGCCUCUGUGCGACAUGCUGGGCGUGCACUCUGCGACGGGCUCUGGCGCCACUGAGUUCACCAUGUACGUCCUCGCCGCCCGUGCCAGGCAAGAGAUGGAGUGCGACAUCGCCGUCGUGGAUCCCGACUCGGCCAACCCCCCAGCGAUCUCGCUGUGGAGAGGUGAGGGCGGCCAGAUGAAGAUUAACGGGGACAACUGCCGGGACAUCUCGAGCGGCAAGACCGUCCCCUUCAUGUUCGGGGCGCAGUACCAGUCCCUGGACGGCCUCGACGACGCCGCGAGGGCCACGGUGGAGGCCGACAUGCUCCGCAUCUUCACGCAGGCGAAGCUGCACAACGCUUCCCUGACGUCCACCGACGCGCUCCUCCAGUGCGUUGCCGGCGACAUGGAGGGACGGGCCGGGCCCGUGCUCGACCUGCGCGAAGGGAGCGACGAGAGUGACGGCGGGGGUGACGAGGAGGACGCGUUCUGCUGCACCGGCGCCUCGGACGCGGGGGACGUCUGUGGCACCUGCUUCGCGGGCGCCCGCGAGGGGCCGGGCAGCUUCUGCGGCGCCUCGGCGGAGCAGUGCCUGCAGUGCGGGGCGGCGUCCUGGUGCGGGGCGCCGGGCACGGUGGCGCAGAUCACCGUCAUGGAGGAUGACGACAGCGUGGCGCCCAUGCCGCGGCAGGACGCGGCCCGGGCCGCGCAGUGGGCCGCCGGCACCGCCGCCGCCGCCCUGGCCGCCGCCUCGGCGGUGGCUCUCGCCCGCCGCGCGGCGCCCCGCUCGUCGCGGCUGGUGGUGUACGAGAAUCUGGCCGAGGCGUGCUGAGUGCCAUCCUUUGGCCUGCCCGUGACUGGAAUUCGUGCGCCCUCCGAUGGCCAAGCGCCGGCCACGCGCGAGGAGCGACCCUCCGCAAGGGGGUGACCUUUCGGUGCGGGCCCACAGGGGUGCUCCCGCCUUCUGCUUGGCGCGCUGAGAUUUGGCCGUUCCGCGGCCCUCCAGAUCUGCACACCAAAGGCCGCUCCUGCCAAGGGUCACACCUGCGUGUAGCCGCGAUGGCAAGGGAGGAGUGGAGUGGUGCCCCUCGGUGCUCUCGUCGCGGCCCCCCCUGCGGAUCCGGGCACGGCCGGCGGCUCGAGCCUCGGGCCUGCCUUGGCACCCGAGCUGCGCCCGCGGGCGCGCGCCCAGGCUGCCGGCCUCGCGGCCGCGGCCUGUUCCGUCACCACUCGUGCUCCAUCCUGGUAGUUCCUUGGCGGCGUUGGUUGGAAGAUGCAAGCAGUCAAUUCGGUGCACCCUGUGUUGUCUGCACGCUAGUUUUGCUAGACGGGUUACCCUGGCUCGUCAUCACGCCGCCCGGCGUGUCCGAUUUGCCAAAUGUAUGUUUCUGGUUACACAUCCAGCGUUGUAUGCAUCCGUUCUUUGCUCAUCGCACCCAUGAGUUGGCCAGUGCUUAAGGGGCACGGCGGUUCCGAAAUAUGCCACGUACCGCAGCCAGUACAGAUGAGUUGCGGCUG